AUGGUUGAUGACCCUCCACAGGAGCCAACAGUGGAGGACCAUGAAAACAAGCCAGGAAGCGAUGGCAGAGAUGAAGAGAAAAGUGCAGCUGACACUGAAGAAAAAGAAAAUGUGGCAUAUGAAGAGCAAGAUGUCACUUAUGCCUCAGAUGGCACAUUAAAGAAUGACGAUGGUGAAGAGCAGUGUGAGCCAAAUGUGGGCGACAAUAUUUGUGCUAGUGAGAAGGGGCACUUGGGUCCUGAAGAUGGAGAAGUUGUCGACAAUGAACCUGAUCUCGAGCCAUUUUUUCACAGCCUGCUUGAAUUGGGUGUCUAUGGUGCAGUAAUACUCAAUAAAAAAUAUGUUGUUCCCCUUGCAAGCUAUAAGCAGUUGUGA